AUGGCCGCCCCGCCUCCGCCCCCACCCACCGCUGGCGCUCGCCUCAGCGCGCCCAAGCCCGCUUCUGUUCCCGCCAAGAAGACGUGGGCCGAGCUGUUCCCCUACCACUGCGCCGCCCAAUUGGGGGACGUGGCUGGGCUCACGCAGCAGAUCGAUGCCAUGCCGGCCAGCACCCGCACCGCCCAGCUCAGCGCCAGGGACGAGGACGGAUGGACGGCGCUGCACUACAGCAGUUGGUACGGCCACGUGGCAGCGGUCACGUUGCUGCUGGCCGCAGGGGCGGACCCCAACGCCAAGACCGAGAACGGUUCCUCGGUGCUGCACUUUGCCGCGGGCUGUGGGAGGGCCGAGAUCGUGCAGCUCCUGCUCGAUGCAGGCGCCCAGCACAACGUGACCGACGCCGAGAAGCAGACGCCGCUCCAGCUGUGUAACCAGCUCAAGGAGCACGAGUGGGCGCGCGUAGUCGACCUGCUCCAGAAGCAAUGA